AGUUGUAGUUGGACAUUUUAUAGUUGCGCAACGUCGAGACACUGGUGACACCUCGACCUAAACGAGAAGAUGGACUUCGGUGUGGAUCUGUUCCGCGUCUAUGAGCGGCAUAAGAAGCAAGCCGAAGCGGCCGGCAACUAUGAGACGGCAGCUAUUACCGCAGAACGCCUCAGACGCAUGCGGGAACGAGAUGAGGCUAAGAAGCGCUCGCUUCUUUUAAAUCGUCAUGUGGAGUUAUGAUCAUUGGCCUCUUUUGUAGUUGUUGCGGAUGAACUAGUACUAGGACGAUUUGUGAUUAGCUGAGAAUUCAUGACCACUACGGUAAUCAUGAGGGCAUAUUCGGGUACGCUGGAGGUGGCAAAAACAGUACGGGGCUAUCGCGAGAUUUCCAAGCCUCUAAUUCCCGAAAAGACCACCGAAGAAAAGCGUCAGUUGGAAGAGAAGGAGCAUCUAGUGGAGGACGAGCGAAGUGAAGCUACCACAUUGUUGGAGGCGGAAACAAAAUUGAUGGGGAGUUUGCGAGAGAAACAAGUGGAGGAAUUGGCACAGCUGCUCGAUUCCGCACAGCUUGACUCGACUGGUGAUACAGCACAGGCUUCUAUCACGGAUCAGCUUUCUGCUGAAAAACAAUCGCCAAGAUCGAUGAGUGACGCCGUAAAACCAUCCGCCGAGCUUCUCAAUUUGCAGAAAAGUUAAGAUGAAUGAAGUUAAGUACAACUACUAGAACUAAGUAAGUACCUCUUGUUUUAGCAAUGGCUUCGAGUUGACAACCGCAUCAUCUCUUUUUCUUUUAGAAGUGUGGGUGCUUGUUACUAUUACAACUACAACGUUGACUGAAUGAGUAUGUAGGUGAUCUAAGGCACCCUCUGACGACCGUAAGCCUAUUGCAUUCUAAUCAAAGCUGAAGUACAUCGUGCAGCAAGGACUCUACGCGCAAGCCCGCGACGUCUCGGACCAAGCUAGGCGGCUUCAAGAAGACGAAAAAGAGAAGGUACCGAAGCUACUCUAUGCGUGGUGAUGUUGUUUUUGAUGUAGUUGACGAUUGCUAUGCUAAUCAUCUUCGUCUUGUUCUUACGCUUACAACAGCGCCACUUACAGUUGUACUGAUAGACAAGUACUUGCAACCACAACUUGCAUAAAUUCAUUCUCGUCAGAUUUUGUAACUCACAGACGUCAUUCACAUACGUCACUCUGAGCAGGGUUCCUUCUUACGCCUUCUCGGCACAGAGAAGCUGGAGGAACGACUGAGGGAGCGGCAGGGGAUCGAAUUGGAGGCCCUACGGGAGAGGCUAAGGCAGAAGAAGCACCAGCUGGCUCGAAGAUUUGAAUCUCGGUACGAACAACUCCGAAAUCGACAUAGAAAACGCACUCUUGAUCUAGAAGCAAGACAUCGGAAAGAAAAGGCUGCAUUGCUGGUGCAGCAUCAUGGGUAACGCUAUAAUGACAGCACUGACACCGGUGAUUAUGUUUAUGAUGUUUAUGUUGAUUUGAAUACAACAAAAAAAUAAUGAGGAGUAGAUGCUUGUCAUAAAAAGAUGUUCAUCUUGAUGGUCCAGGUCCUUCAUCUUUCAUGUGCAUAUGUGUUAGCACACAACGACAACUUGCAUUUAUUUUUUGCAUGAGAUUAGAGAAGUUUCUGGGGGCGAUUGCUGCAACAAGUAUUCAAUGCAUCGUCGAUGAGUGUAACUUCUUCUAGUAGUUGAACAGGUAGUUUGCAUGAUCAACGAGGUUUUGGGCUGAGACAGGAGACAUGAAGAUGAAGGUAGCAACAAGUUGAAGUUGCGUUUGCAUAGUCAAAUGUUAGGAGUCAAUAAAUCAGCAGGAAAAUGCUGAAAAUACAAAUAG